AUGUCAAUCUUCCAACUGCGCAGGACCGGUCUGUUGAACCACAGCCUCCUUAACGAGGAUCAGGUCAUGGUAAGGAAGAGCCUCCAAUCGGCCUGUAGGGGGCGCCCUAGGGUCAGGUCCUGCCAGUGCUGGACCAUCGCGACCGUGCUUGCCGCCCUGUGGUUGUACCUCAGCUUCGGCUUGUGGGUCUACUACUUCAGGGACAUCGGGGACGUAAGGUUGGUCAGUCGUAACAUAGAGGCACACCUGGUCGUGUUGCCGCAGGACUUGGCCGACGAGACGGGGGCUUACUGCCUGGACGGCAGUCCACCAGCUUACUACUUCCGCAAUGCGACUUCCAGGGAACACCACAACUCCUGGAUAAUACAUCUAAUGGGCGGUGCGUGGUGCUACGACAACGCCCAAUGCGCACACCGUAGUUCAACCCACCUGGGGUCAUCGCGCAAGCUCCGUCCAAAGAAACUCUUUGGCGGCAUCCUGUCGUCAAGUUCCAAGGUCAAUCCGGACUUUUACGACUGGAAUGUGGCGGUCGUUAACAACUGCGAUGGAGCCUCGUUUUCUGGUGACCGAGAAGAUCCCGUUAUUUCUAACAAAAAGAAGAUGUACUACCGGGGCUCCAGGGUGCUGAAUGCGGUCAUAAAUUACUUACUAAAAUCAGCAGGUUUACAGAGGGCCGACAGGGUCAUUUUGCACGGUGAGUCUGCCGGGGGACUUGCCGUCCUACUUCACGCUGAUCGUGUCAGCAGAAUGGUUCCCAAAGAAACCUCGUUCAAAGCCAUGGCAGACGGGGGUUUCUUCUUGGCUGAUGAGGCGGACACCAGCGGUAAAACCCAAUGGAAAAGCGCCAUGGAGAACGUCUACAAGAUGCAACAGAUAGAAGGGGGCCUUGAUAAAGACUGUCUACUGGCCAAAGAAAAGAACAAGUCGGAGUGUUUCUUCGCGCAGCACGCCUACUCUUACCUCACCAGCCCCGUGUUCGUUGUCAACUCCGUCUACGACAGUUGGACUCUGCAGAACAUCCUCAGAACUCGCUGUCGCCCUUCCAAGUGCAACGAGAAAGACCUUGGGGUAAUUGAGAAGCACAGGCGAACCUUCCUGCAGCGUAUGGACCAGGUCAACCGUUACGACAAAAACGGCAUGUUCCUGGCCUCCUGCUACGCUCACAUCCUGACCUGCGUCGACUCUCCCUGGAUGACCUAUAAAGUGGCUGGAAGAACGACUAGAGAGGCCUUCGCCGACUGGUAUUACGAGCGGACGACGCCGGCAGAGACGUGGGAUGUAGACUGUGACUCAAGUCUGACAUGCAACCCCACCUGCAGAAGCAACUGAAUGGGUUGUUAAAAAGCGCUUCUUAUAUGGAAGGCGGCUAACUUUCCGGACUGAAAAAUGCAUAAAGAAAAGCGGAGGGCGCUCUUUGAACAAUGAAAGCGAAGUGAGGGCGCUCACUUUUGCUUGUUUCCAUGAGUAGUGAGCCCCCAACCAUCAGAAUUUUCCAGGAUUUAUAAAAAAAAAAAAAAACACGUCUCGUUUUUCCCUCAUUUUUGCCCAAGGUAUCAUUUUUCUUAUCACAAGGUAUAUGACAUUAUGUAUCCGUAGUCGAUGACAUAUUCAAGCCUGCAGACCGGGUUUAAAUCAGGCACUUUUAGCAGACUUUGUGAAAGUUUAAGUUUAAUGCUGGGCUGAUUUUUUUUGUUUCGCUCCCGCGUCGCAAAUGCACAGUUUCGAAUGGGGCAUGCUACUCCACUGGUGCAUACUACUGCACUGCACAUGUAUAUUUUAAUUUAUUUAUUUCGUGUUAUUUUACCAUAGUAGCCCCAUCAAUGAACUGUUCUCCCUGGGGGCCCUGGAUUACAUAAAAACAUGAUAUAAUAAUGCCAAAAAU